CAACCCCCCUCAUGACCUCUCAUUCUUUCUUGUUGGAAAAAGUAGGGACGUGUGAAGCAAAAUCAUGUCACUCACCUGUUGAUGUUGUGUCCACCUGCUCAACCAGUUACUCUCCAUCCAAGGACGCCCACAUCCAGUUCAAUACUUCUUGUUCUGUUGAAAGAGUUGCUCUUGCGUUGAGAAUAUUUUCUUCUAAAAAUGUAUUCCUGCAGUACAACAUGGACCACCCUAUUCACCAGCAUAUUUCUGCAUCAUCCAUCUCAGGACUUGAAAGAUGCCUGCACCUCCAAUACAAUGUGUCAGUUCAAGUGGAUAAACUGAUCUCGGUGCCAGCAGUCACAAAUGUCCAGGGGAGCGUUUACAUGCAGUACAAUAUAGAUGGAGGAGUGGGCCGUUUGUUUUCAACACCAAAAAUCCUGAACAUUUGCGGCACUGUUAACAUUGCAUACAAUAUCAAUGCUCCAGUCAACCUCCUAGUGACAGAUCUCAACAUUUCGAAUGUCCAGGGCAGUGUGUACAUCACUUUCAACUUCUCAUGUCAUGUCAACAAGCAUGUGCGAGUGGUGACCAUAACAAAUGUCAGGAAGGACAUAAGCAUCACAUUUACAGAUCCAGGGUCUAUGGAGCCCGGAUGCUUUGGCAUACCAACAUAUUGGUGCAAUGAGUUUAAAGACAGUCUUCUGGACAAGAGGGUCAUGCUACAGAGGAUAGAAGAGGCAGCCUCGUGUGGCAGUGCAGACGCUUGGCUGAGGGUCUAUGUGGAGUGUCUAGAGAUGGAGAGGAGCUUUCUAGAGACUCUCAGGGUUGCAGAGGAUAUUAAAAUGUCCAUGAAACGCCAUCAUGAUGCACAGAGGAAAAAGGAGCCUAUUCACUGGCAUAGUUCUGCAUCAUCCAUCUCAGGACUUGAAAGAUGCCUGCACCUUCAAUACAAUGUGUCAGAUCUACAAUCCAAUUGGAUAGCAACAGACGAGAUAGCAAUGGCAGCUUGUUAUGAGGAUAUGGAUGAGUCAUUGAAGUCUCUUCUCAAAAACUAUGUCACUGAAUACAAGCUGAGGAGAAAAGGUGGAUCAAGAGGUGCUGUAUAUCCUGGAGAGAAGGAGCAAAGUGUCACACAAAUUGAAGAGCAGCACUCAAAGGCAGACAUUACCAAGGGAAGGCACGAGGAGCAGGCAGUCAAAGGGAAGGGGUUGGAGACAGAGGCCCAGUCCAGCAGAGGGGAGAAGAGGACCGCAGAUGAACUGGAGGUGAUGGAUGACCAUGCUGGAAGCAUACACAGCAAGAGGUCUAAAGAUUUCUGCAUCAGCCCACAAACCAGGAGCUGCAAAUCCUGUGCUCAUAUCAAAGAGACGGGCCUAUGGAAGCUUCUGGAGCCUUCAGUCACCAAAGUGAUGGGCAUCCUUGUGUAUGAGCACAGCUGUCCCCCUGGUAGUUAUGAGUGUUCCUUGUCUGGCCUACGCUGGGCGUGCACAGUCAACGUCUCUUUCCAGUAUCGCCUCAGCGACCCUGGCAUGUUCAGAGCUGAGCUGAUGAUGCUCCAGUACACGCCAAUCGGGCCUUUGAUGGACAUCAAGGUCCUCUCUGGCAAAAUGAAGGAGGCUUACCUGCCCCACUUCGCCUGUCUGGACUGCUCUGAUUCCUCGCUUCAUGAGGUCGUGAGAGUACUGCGUCAGGACGGCGCCAGUGGCGUGUCACUGGAGAAGACCAUACAGCUGACACGUUUUCACGCAAAGCUCCGUGAGCCCAGGUUCUCCCUGGUGGAACUUCUGGUUAAGUUGGGUGUCCCAAUGCGCAGCCAUGUGGACGCGUUGGUCUACAGGAAACGUGUGACGCCACUCACCCUGUUUGUCUACGUGGUGCCCAGAGAUGCCGGCAUGAUCCAGGCAGUGGAGGAGGAUGCCGCCAAGAACGAAGGCAUCAAGAGAAUCCAAAAGAACCGGCCAGACGUGUCCAUCUGGAUGAACUCAAAGUUCACCCUGAAGUCUGCAAUAGCUGAAGUCAAUCCACAUGAGAUCACACUGAAGUACGCCAGACCGCCGGACUUCUUUGAGGUGUUUGUGGAGGAGAGCACUGACAAGAACAUUAAUCUGGAGUUGACCAGCGAUGGCCAGAACAUUUGGACAACAGUGUUACGAAAGGCUGAUUACAGCGAGGCCACAGGUCAUGCUAAAAGCCACCAAAGUGCAUCCCUUGUAUCUGCACCAGUCCAACCAAAACGCACACCAUCAAGGAACUCAAAGCGCAUGAAAGAGCUGGCCUCCCUCUCCAACACAGAGCGAGUGUCCAAGGUUCAGCUGCAGCUCAUCAGCAGGGGAUCUGAGGGUCUCCUCCAUGAGAUGCUCACUCACCUUCAGGCUCACCAGCCACCAGUAGUGAGCCAGUGGGAGACCAACGAGGUCCUGCAGGGGAAAAGGGUGCUGCAAGACCAGUGGAGAACCGCCCUCACCAUGUUACACAGAGAGCAUCAUGUGUGUGAUGCCACCAAAAGUGCGAGGUGCAAUGGAACAUCAGGGACAGCAAUACACCUGCGUCUGGCGAGCAGUCCACCGUUCGAGAUCAGCCUUCAUAAGGAGGGAGAUGGAGUCUUUAGGUAUAAAGAGCCCAAGAUAGUGUUCAACAAGCCGGAGUUCCUCAAAAGGUGGACAUUUGUUGCUGAUAACGGGACCCUAAUCAUAAACCCUACAGAGAAAAGAGACUCAGGAUCAUAUGCUGUACAGCUCUAUGAUAAGUAUGGAGGAUCAGGUGGACCAUACACAGUGGAGCUAAUGAUUGAAGAUUCCCAGGGGGAGCUGCACUAUGCUGACAUAUCGGUGUUGGCCAUCCACCAGAGGCAACAGAGGGAGGCAGAGAAACCCCAGCACACGCAGGAGCCUGUGUACUCUAUGGUGCAGCACAGAUCCUGA